CACACUCUGCCCCCAAACAGCUCCAAAAUCGGUUGUCGUCGCGAAAAGUGCGAAUCGAGUGCAUAUUUGCUGCAAAAAGAAGCGAGAACACGGUGACGUGACGAAAGCAUUCGAGUGACGAAGAGUGCGAGCGCGCUGCAUUUGUUUACGAUUCCGAUUCCGAUGCCAUUGGUCAAUUGGUAAGGGGCUUUGGGAAGUGUAAGAGGAAGAGCGUGCGGCGCGGCAAGUAACGAAAGAAGAAGAAGCAGCAGCAGCAGGGCACACGCAACGUGCAACAUUGUGUGCGAGCGUGUGUGCGUGUUUGUUUGUUUGUGUGACAAAAAUACAACAAGUGCAAGCAACAAUAGUUAGCGGCAGCAACAACAACAGCACCGAAACUCCUUGCCAGAACGAGACAGCAAUAACAACAGGAGUGCGAAAGCGGGAGAGAAAGAGAGACAGCUGUUAUUGUUGUUGUUGUUGCUUUACAAUGUUUAAUGGGAAACCUGCCGCCAAAACAACAACAAAUCAGGUAUGACGGAGGAAAUAACCGGCGAUUGGAGCUACUACGUGUAUAUAUCGCUGACGUUGGUUCCAGUCUAUUUGGCAUUUCGGCUCAUUAAGUCGCUGGGCUGGCAGCUCUUCGUCAACAACUGAGCAAACAUCUGGACCCGAAACUGUAGCUCAAGCUGAAGCUGAAGCUGAAGCAACAUAUAUCUGUGGCACAAACUGAAACUGAAGUUGCAGCCGUCAUCAGGGGAAUCCGUCGUCGCGGAAAAAAGGAAAAAGACGAGCGCGGCCAAAGUCGAUGAGCGUGUUAUCAAUGUGUAUAUAUAUUUUGUAAGAAUGCAAUAAAUGGAAAGCCAGGACUAGAAGGCGGCAGAACAAGAGGAGUGAUAAAUAGGGGAACCUGCGGCAGCUGCUAGGAUUGCCAGUUGGACAGUCGGGACACUGCCAGGAUUGCCAGGAUCGUGUUCUGUUGUGUUAUGCUGCGUUGUUGUUGGCCAAGCCAACCGUUGUUGUUGCUGCUUCUGGCUGGCCAAAAAGGAGCAAACAAAAGGCGAGGCGAUGCAAAGCAAUCAACGUCAUAAGCAGGAGCAGCAGCAGGACCAGAACCAGCACCAGAAACAGGAACAGAGACCAGAACACAGACCGGAACAGGACCACCAAGACCGUGGACGGAGUUAUUGUGGUGGCACCGCCAAGCCGCCGCCGCAUCAGCAUCAGCAUCAGCAGUAUCCUGCACUAUAGGCACAUCACCGCCAGCCCGUCCAACACCCAACAUACCGCAUCCUCCCGAUAUUCCCACCCUCCGCAUCCUUGGCAAACAAGAGGAGCUGGCAUCACAAGGAGCAACACGGCAAACGGGGCACUAGCAACAGCAACAGCAACUGCCUUGCUAUAGCAAAAGCAAAAGCCAAAGCAAAACUCUCGCUUUGAGGACCUCAAGAAAACCAAUUUACAUAUUUAAGCUUUGGGCAAACGUAGAUGCGGAGUAGCAACUAGACGCAAUCAAUAGGAGCUGGGAUAAGAAAAAAUACCGACGAGUGGGCGCCUCCGGGAAGAAGAGAGCAGCACUCCACACCACUCCACCCCACACACCAGAUCAGAUCAGAUUGGAGAAGGCCAGGAGUAGACCACAUCAUCGUCAUUCGCCGUCAUCCGAAUCAAAGGCCAGUUAUCUGCGACACCUAGACCAUCGCCAGAAUGCGACUGCCAUAUCGAAAUAAGAAGGUCACCCUGUGGGUGCUCUUCGGCAUCAUCGUCAUCACCAUGUUCCUAUUCAAAUUCACCGAACUGCGGCCCACAUGCCUCUUCAAGGUGGACGCCGCCAACGAGCUCUCCUCCCAAAUGGUUCGCGUUGAGAAAUACCUCACAGAUGACAAUCAACGCGUUUAUUCAUACAACCGUGAGAUGCCAUUAAUAUUCAUAGGCGGCGUGCCGAGAUCUGGGACGACUUUGAUGCGCGCCAUGCUGGAUGCCCAUCCCGAUGUGCGCUGCGGGCAGGAAACCCGUGUCAUUCCGCGCAUCCUGCAGCUGCGCUCGCACUGGCUGAAGUCCGAGAAGGAGUCGCUCCGCCUGCAGGAGGCCGGCAUCACCAAAGAGGUCAUGAACAGUGCCAUCGCGCAGUUCUGUCUGGAAAUCAUCGCCAAACACGGCGAGCCGGCGCCGCGCUUAUGCAACAAGGAUCCGCUGACGCUGAAAAUGGGCUCCUAUGUCAUCGAGCUAUUUCCGAACGCUAAAUUCCUAUUCAUGGUGCGCGACGGCCGGGCGACAGUUCAUUCGAUUAUAUCGCGCAAGGUGACAAUCACCGGCUUCGAUUUGAGCAGCUACCGGCAGUGCAUGCAGAAGUGGAACCACGCCAUCGAGGUGAUGCACGAGCAGUGCCGGGACAUCGGCAAGGACCGCUGCAUGAUGGUUUACUAUGAGCAGCUGGUACUGCAUCCCGAGGAGUGGAUGCGAAAGAUACUGAAAUUCCUGGACGUGCCAUGGAACGAUGCGGUGCUGCACCACGAGGAGUUCAUAAAUAAACCGAACGGUGUGCCUCUGUCCAAGGUGGAACGUUCGUCGGACCAGGUUAUCAAGCCGGUUAAUCUGGAGGCGAUGUCCAAAUGGGUUGGCCAAAUACCCGGCGACGUGGUGCGCGACAUGGCCGACAUAGCGCCCAUGCUGUCCGUGCUCGGCUACGAUCCGUACGCGAAUCCGCCGGACUAUGUUAAAGGCCAAUCGAAUGCUGUGGGAGAGUAAGGCGAAGCAAGUGCUGCAGAUGUCAUCCAGCGAGGAUGACAACACGAACACCAUCAUCAACAAUAGCAACAAUAAGGAUAACAACAAUAAUCAGUACACAAUCAAUAAAAUUAUACCAGAACAACACAGCAGACAGCGGCAACAUGUACAGCAGCAACAUCUGCAGCAGCAGCAGCAGCAGCAUCUGCAACAGCAGCAACAUCAGCGGCAGCAGCAACAGCAGCAACGUGAGGAGGAGAGCGAGUCGGAAAGGGAAGCGGAACCGGAUCGAGAACAACAAUUGUUGCAUCAAAAGCCAAAGGAUGUCAUUACGAUAAAGCAGCUGCCAUUAGCUGGGAGCAACAAUAACAACAUCAACAAUAACAUCAACAACAACAACAACAACAACAACAUCAUGGAGGACCCCAUGGCGGAUACAUGAUAUCCGCACAUACCCAUAAGACUGCCGCGUGGCAAGCAUUGAAUCUGGCUAACUCUCUUGGCUGCCGAUAAGGACAACGAUAAUGAUAACUGUUGCUGCUGCUGCUGUUGCAAGAAACCAAUUUUAAAUUGUAUUAGCCGAGACCUUUACAUGCUUGAUACAUAUAUGUACGUGUAUUAAUGCUUCGUGAAGUUAC